AUUUAUUUAUUUCCCAAAAUUCCAUCAAUAACCAUUGGAGUGCAUGGAAGAAGACAAACCACAACUUUAACAGAAUAUCAAGUGCAUCAACGAACACCAAGUCUACCAUUCUCGAAUGCGAAUUGAAUUACCAAAUAGUCGAGCGAAUGUUGUCUAAAGGAAGUAAAUUCGAACAAAAGCUAAUUACCAAGUCGAAAAACGUACGAUACAGUUUAACACCCACAACUCUACAUUUUGCCUAUAAAACAAGCGGACGUAUAGCGAAAAAAGUAUUCAGUUUUCAAAAGACUUGAGAGCAUCAACAUCUAUCCCAAAAUGGCCAAAUUCAUCAUUGUCUUGUGCGCUUUGGUUGCCUGUGCCGCUGCUAAACCCGGUAUUGUAGCUCCUUUGGCUUACAGUGCUCCCGUUGCUGCUGCUGCCUACACUGCCCCAGUUGCUGCUGCUUAUGCUGCUCCAGUUGCUGCCGCCUAUGCCGCUCCAGUUGCUGCCGCCUAUGCCGCUCCUUAUGCUGCUGCCUAUGCUGCCCCUUAUGCUACUGCUUAUACCGCUGCCUAUACUGCUCCCGUCGCCUACACCGCUCCCGCUGCCGUUGCUGCUCCUUUGGCUUAUGCUAACGCUCAUUUGGAUGCCGCCUACGCCAGCAGCCGUGUUGAUGUCAAGCAAAACUACAAUGCCGCUGUUGUCCCAGCCACUUAUGCCGCUGCUCCAGUAGCUCCCGUUGCCGCUGCUGUAGCUCCUGUCGCUACUCCAGUUGCUGCUCCCGUGGCUGCUGCUCCUUAUGCUGCCGCCUACACCGGUGCUGCCUAUGCUGCUCCAUUGUCCUACACCGCUCCCGCUGCCGUUGCUGCUCCUUUGGCCUAUGCUAAUGCCCAUUUGGAUGCCGCCUAUGCCAGCAGCCGUGUGGAUGUGAAGCAAAACUACAAUGCCGCUGUUGUCCCAGCCACAUAUGCUGCCGCUCCUGUAGCUGCUGCCGCCGUUGCCCCUGUGCUGCUCCAGUUGCUCCCCUCAAGUACACCGCCCAUGGCCUACACUGCCCCUGCUGCCGUUGCUGCUCCUUUGGCCUAUGCCAAUGCUCAUUUGGAUGCCGCCUAUGCCAGCAGCCGUGGUCGAUUUAAAACAAAAACUAUAAUGCCGCUGUUGUCCCAGCCACUUAUGCUGCCGCUCUGUAGCUGCCGUCUGUAG